AGAACGAGCUCGUAUUUAAGCCCUGUAUCGCAUCACGAAUCGGAGAUUGAACCUGUGACCAAUGAGAACGAAGAUAAUCGCUCUCGUGUUCAACGAACGUCGCGCCGAUUGGUUGCGAUCUAACUUGGAUCGCGGUCCGACGGGGGCGUUGAAAGGCGCCGCGCGUUGUGCGCAGGAGCCGUAAACCAGCGGCCAUCUUGCACGCGCUAAGCUUGCGCAGAACUCGCUUGUCGUAUUUUACAUCUCGCACGCACGGAAUUCUCGUUUAAAUCACGUUUAAACGACUCGUUUUCGCGCGUAACGCGAUUAUCACGGUUCGCAAACCCUCGACGCGACGAUCUUCCCGAUCGGAUACAGCCGGAGCGGCGUGAACGACCGAGACCCGUCGUCAAACGCAUAAAGGAACAAAAAAAAACAACAGCUGAAAGAGCACGAAAACGUAAAACGGUAUUUGCACGUGCGAGUUUACGGAGCGUUGCUCGUCGCCGGGAUUCGUGCGGGACGCAACGUUCCGGACAAUCGACGCUUUGUUGUCGUUAAAAAAUGUUGGAUUCGUGAAGCGCGCGCGCGCGAAGAAAUAAGGUUAUGACGAGAUCGCGACGACAACGAACGACGACGACAACAAUCACGCCGAAGUCACGCCGUCGCGAGUCGUAAAUAAAGGUGGACGCGCAUGCGGGCGGCGAAUCGAAGCGACAAGGAGAGGGAAAGACGCGGCCCGGCCUGGUGGCGAGGAUAGAGAGAUGCACGGAACGUCCUGAUUGGCCGCGGCGGCUGCUAUGGCCGCCGAUUGGCGCACGCACGCAACAGUACACCGAAGGCACACGGACGCGCACGUACACUCGCGGCAACGCAGCAGUCGCUCGAGCGACCGAGGAACAGUGAGAAGAGUGACGGAAACGGUCGGUCCGCACGCGUCGUCGUCGUCAUCGUCGUCGUCGCCGUCGUCGUCGUCGUUGUUGUCGUUGUUGUCGUCUCGCAAGACGAAAGGAUUCGGAGUGCAACAUUUUUAAAUACAGAUGCUUCGAAAAAACGACGCCGAUCCUCCUCGGUCGUAGCGAAUAUUAGGAACUGACGAGGAAAGAAACAAGGAUAGAGAGAGAGAGAGAAAGAGAAAGAAAGAGAGAAAUAUUAUAUAUAUAUAUCUAUAUAUAUAUAUACAUAUAUAUAUAUAUAUAUACACACACAGUGAGAGACGUGAAGGGAGGAGUGCGGGCCGGGCGCGACGCCGACCGUCUCGACAUAACCGCGUAUACGUAAAACCCGACAAUCCGUCAAAUUUAAAGCCGCCGCAGGCACACCAUUUUCAACUUCGCCCUAAUAUUGUGUAUACCAGAUUUUAGAAAACCCGAAUAAAUUUAUAAGAAGCGCGAGUGCAAUCGCGAAAUUAAUAAGUGUACGAUACAGGAGGACGAGGAUAGAGGAGAGAGAGAGAGAUUCCCCGAUAGAGAGAGAAAGAGAGAGAGAGAGUAGAAGGUGAGCGUAUGUGUCGUGAGAGCGAGAGCGAGUGAGAGACGCACACGGAGGAGAGCGGACGGAGAAGCGGUAAGAGGGAAAGGAAGAAAAACGAAACGCGGGGAGCGAAGUCAAAACUCCGACACGCAGGGACAAAGACCACGGUGGCGGCAUAACCUCCAAAGGCGUUUUGUGCCGCGUUUCGGGGGGAACCGCUUAUGCGCCGAAGGCAGCAGUGCGUGAAGUCACGAGGUGUAUUCGAAACGACGGAAAGAUUGAGACGUGAGAAAUAAAUAGAGAGAGAGAGAGAGAAAACAUUUAUUUAUUUAAGCGUUUUGAAACACGUUUUUUCAAGCGCGAAAAUCGAGCUAAGGCGACGGAGAAACGGAGAAAAAGAAAGAGAGAGAGAAAGAAUAUAUUUUUACAGCCUCAUGAGCUUCUACAUGACAGUUGCAAUUGUUCGAAACUAGAAGAGAAGAGAAAGAGCGAGAGAGAGAGAGAGAGAGAGAGAAAGAAAGAGAAAGCACGUGGGAGGUCCUACAUAUAUCUCUCUCACGGACUGGCGUCACUGCGUCAACACAUCUCUCCACCAGCCAGUUGCGUUCUGACUACAGGCAGAUAGUUAAAAACAAUCGUUCGGACAGAAGCACGUGGGUAUCUUUUUUUCGCACGGGGACAAUAAUUAUUCCCUCACUUUUGUAUACGGCAAAGAGUGCGUAAAGUAAGUAAGUGCGCGAGAUUGCGCGAGCAAUAUAUUUAUCGGUCGUUUUUUUUUUGUCCGACUACUAAAUCGCGACGAAGCGCGAACACACACACACAAACACGUGCAAAUCGGCAAAUCGUAUAUAUAGAUAUAUAUAUAAUAAAUACGGGCGUAUACCCGGCUCUCGCCAUUGAGAGCGGAAAAACAGUGAGUCCGGUUGAUGGAUGAGGCUGGCAGGAUGCUGCAACACGGAGGAUCAGGUGUGGGUCUCAUGGGUGGAAACCAGGGUCAAGCGGCCCAGAACACAGCCGGUUACGGAAGCAUGGGGCCCGUCGACGGCACGGCGGCCCAGGGUCCCGACCAAGCGGUCGAAGCCAGGAAACAGGACAUCGGCGAGAUUUUGCAGCAGAUCAUGAACAUCACCGACCAGAGCCUGGACGAGGCGCAAGCAAGGAAACACACUCUGAACUGCCACAGGAUGAAGCCCGCCCUGUUCUCCGUUCUCUGCGAAAUCAAGGAGAAGACAGUAUUAUCUCUGAGAAACACGCAAGAAGAAGAGCCGCCGGAUCCACAGUUGAUGCGACUGGAUAAUAUGCUGAUAGCGGAAGGCGUCGCCGGACCGGAGAAAGGUGGCGGAGCGGGAGCAGCCGCUUCAGCAUCCGCAGCGGCAGCGGCGGGUCCACCCGGACAACCGGACAACGCAAUCGAACACUCGGACUACAGAGCCAAACUCGCCCAGAUUAGGCAAAUUUAUCACCAAGAACUAGAAAAAUACGAGCAGGCCUGCAACGAAUUUACCACCCACGUGAUGAACCUGUUGAGGGAACAGAGUCGCACCAGGCCAAUCACGCCGAAGGAAAUCGAAAGAAUGGUCCAGAUUAUUCACAAGAAGUUCUCCAGCAUUCAGAUGCAGCUCAAACAGUCCACAUGCGAAGCCGUGAUGAUCCUCAGGAGUCGAUUCUUGGAUGCCAGGCGUAAGAGAAGGAAUUUCAGCAAACAAGCGUCUGAAAUUCUGAACGAGUACUUCUAUUCUCACCUCAGUAAUCCUUAUCCGAGCGAGGAGGCCAAGGAGGAGCUCGCGCGAAAAUGUGGAAUUACUGUGAGCCAGGUAUCCAAUUGGUUCGGCAAUAAGAGGAUACGCUACAAGAAAAACAUCGGCAAAGCGCAGGAAGAAGCCAACUUGUACGCGGCCAAAAAGGCAGCAGCAGCUUUUGCAGGAGCAUCGCCGUACAGCAUGGGCGGUGCCAGCCAAGGCACACCGACGCCGAUGAUGUCGCCGGCGCCUCCUGGAGGACCGCAGGACAUGGCUGGAUACAGUAUGGGAAUAAACGGUAGCGAUUACGGCUCGCAGCCGUAUAACGACGGCUCAAUGGGAUACGAUCCCAUGCAUCAGGGCAAGGCAUUGGCUGGGGGGCCAGGCGCGGCGGGAUGGAUGCAACAGCGCGAGGCGGUGCCCGAAUUUCCGCCACUCCACGAUUCAGCGGACUCUGAUUCCGACCGGGAAAACGAAAAGCGACCGCGCGUCUAAGACUUACAAUAUACAUAUAUAUAUAUAUAUAUAUAUAUAAAUAUAUAAAUAUACAAAUUGUUUUCUCCUUCCAUUUUUUCCUUCGGGACUGACAUCUUGCGCGUGCGCGCGCGACAUUGAGGCGAGAGAGAGAUUGUGCGAAAGAUGCGUGCAAAGAGAGAGAGAGAGAGAGAGAGAGAGAGAGAGAGAGAGAAAGAAGAAAAAAAAACCAAGAAUCCACGAAACAACGAGGAUCGCACACAAUACCUGAUACACACGAUGAAAGCAAAAAAAAAAAAAAAACACCUAUUACACAUAAAUACACGCACACACGCACGACACGGUCGUUCGCUAGUGUUCCUAUAUAAGUAACAUUUGUUUUUCGAUGUUUGAGCAACUCUUUGAUUGGUUUGUAACUUAAGAACAAUAAGGAUACGUGGGGGUGCGUGAUAAUAAUGUCGUCCAAGCGAUGUGUGUAUGUUGUGUGUGUGUGUGCGUGUGUGUGUAUAUAUGUGCGUGCGUAUGUGUAGCGCUUGGCAAGCUCCUGAUCAAACCGGAACGGCGGAGGAAUCUAAUUGCCUAGCUGUUGUUCAUUAUCAACAAACGUAUACGUAAUUAUUAUUAUUAUUAUAUAUAUAUAUAUAUAAAUAUACAUAUAUCGAUGCCUAAGGUAUAUAUUAAUAAUAACUCUUGUUGAGAAGAAUCAUCAAAGUCCGGGUAGCGGUCCGGUCAUUUUUGUAGAAGAUUAUAAUUCGCAUCCCCUCCACGUAUCCUUUGGAUAUAUCCGGUCUUGCCUUAUCGAGCAAUUUUAGCGAGAAAACUGCGCAAUGCGUAUAUGUAGUAUAUAUAUAUAUAUGAGCAAAGUGUGAACGGAAAAGACACGCGAGCGACGAAAGCGUAGGUCAGUGUGCUCUCCUUUUAUACGGCGGAAGUUCGUUUCUCUGAAGACAAUAGGUUGACGUACACACGCCUGGCUAGGGAGAGAACGCGUACACACACACACACACACACACACACAUGGAACAGUCACACCCCCCUUUUUUUUUUUUUUUUUUUUUUUUAUUUCUUCCUGCCUCAGCUCUGCAAAUUGAUUUUUCUCCCGGCAAAAAGAUUGUUGAUAAGAAAAAACUUUAUCUAAAUUUCGGAAAUUUUUAAAAGCAAGUUUGCUUUUUUUCGUCGCCAAUUAAAAUUUAUAAAUAUUUAUCUUAUUUGUUAAAUCUCUCUCGUUGGGAGACUUAAAUUGUUGCGCAAAACAUUUAUUCGCGUCUGCGACAACACAAAUCGUUCGAACUCUCUUGUAGCGAGUAUUCCGCGUUACGUUUUUUUCCUAUUGAAAAGAUCCAAGAGAAUUUCCGAAGUUUUUUGCACCUCGAGCGGUGGAAAUACCUGCGGAAUUUAAUUACGUUUCGCCAUUUUUCGGAAUUAUAAAACACACAGACACCCACACACAAACACAAACACACACACACUUUUGUUUCCACGUGAAUUAAUGUUAACGUCACUAAGUUAACCCUUUUUCUCUUAUGUUAACGCUGGCGAAUGUCUUCUAUGUUUAUUUUACGACUUAAGCUCCGAAUUGUUUAUCUUAUAUAAGUUCAGCUUCUCAGAAACCCGAGCAAUAACAAUGAUCUUGCGCGUGUAUCUUCGCGUGCGUGCCAAGAGGUUUAAACUCGUUUAAGGAAAAGAGAAAGGUCGGCGCUGAAUAAGUAACGCUUUAAAUAAGUAUAUAAGUAAAUAAAUAUUUUUUUGCUCUAAUUGUGCGAAUACAUAGGUCUGUAAUAUUUUGUUAAUGAAGAAUUUAAGUUAAGAUACAUACACACACUCUUUGAAUGUACGAUAAUAUUUUAUAUUUGUAUAUACAUACACACAUAUAUAUAUAUAUAUAUAUAAAAUAGUUGUGUAAUUAAAAUUUGGUUUAAUUUUUAAGCAUGCACGAAAAAUGGCGCUAUAUGUAUCAUAGAUACAAAUUUGUUCUCGAUCGAUAUCGUAUUUCGAGAUUUGAACCUAUUGGCUUUUUUUUAUUUUCGUAUCGUUCGCGCUCGCGUCCCGCGAUUCGCCGCCGGUGCGAAACACUUUGUUCUUUGACGGGGACGUAAAUUGCGUUUAGAGAAAAUUGAUGUGCAUGACUGUGACCCGCGAGAGAGAAAGAGCGAGUCGGAAACACACAUACUUAUACACAAAGCCGCUUCCGUCUCUCCUUCUUCCUCUUUUCUUUAUUUUAUUUUUUUUUUUUUACGCUACCGAGAGCACGAAAAACCUUUUUAUUGAAAAAAAUUUGUUUGUUAAUCUUUUAUCAAUUUGUUACUUUUUGAUACACAUCGUACACACAUACACGCAACGUCGAAUCCGAAAUCGGCUGCGAUUCUCGAAACGAAGAGUUUGCAGUUCCGAAUUGGCCCACAAUCUGUUGUGUUUUCGCGGCCGAUCGAUCGGAUUCGACUCUAACGAAGAUUACGUGAUUGCGCCUGUCUACCCUUAGUUGGCCGUACGUACGUAGGUACUUAUGUACUGUGUAUACGUAUACAUGUGUAUAAAAAAAAAAUAUAUAUAUAUUAUAUACAUAUAUAUACAUAUAUAUAUUCUAUACUUUCGUAUAUCUGUGUAUAACUCGCACGCUAUUCUAUACGUGGCGAGAAAGAAAUGUCUCUUGUCAAUAACGAACCGAGCAGAGGACACGAGGAUUGCGUUUCAAAAGUAACGAAAAAAAAAAAAAAAAGAUCCCUCGGCCGGACGUGCGCGCGCGCGCGCGCACAGUCGUUCGAAAAAGUCAUUUCUCAAUGUAUAAAUCACAAGAUCAAACUCUCUCGCGUAGACGACGCAACACGAUUGGUACAUGCGCGAUUCCUGAAUAAAAAAAACAAAGCACAAUCCGUUUGCCACGGAAGCCAUUGCAUCCCGAUCAUAGAAUCGUCGCGAGUAUAUAUAUAUAUAUUUCUCGACAUCGGCGACGAGAAUCCCUCUUGCAAAUCUUCUCGGACUCGGUGAUUUGUUUGUUUUUUUUUUUUUUUUUUUUUUGUUCUCAUAAUGACAUUGAAUGAAUUCGCGCGCGUACACGGCCGGAAUGCUGUUUGCUUUCAGGAGCUGUCGCCUUGAAAUCCUUAGGAGAAACGCAGGAAGAACGCAUACUGACAAAUUAAAAACAAAAAAAACAAAAAAAAAAACAAAAAACAA